UGCGAAGGCUAGAUGGCUGAAAGAGCUGGAGCUUUUGUUUUCGUUCUACUUCUUGUAGUGCUACUACAGUAAGUUAGCAUAGACCGUCUUUGCCUCUCCUACUGAUCAAUACGUACGUGUAUAUCCGCUCGAAAUGUAUUCUAGAAGAGAGACUGUUCACUCUAUACAAAUCGGUGACCGUCCACCACGUCUGUGUUGGACUGCAUUUAUUAGUUUGAGGUUUCCGUCUGCAUGGAGAAGAGAUGAAGUGGAAUCACCUGACAUUCAUAGAAACAGUUAUUAUCCGGUGUGCGAGCAACCCAAAGACGUGGACUGUCGGACACAUGACGGGCGACUAGCCAGUGAAACGUCUGAUGUGCUAAACUGCACCGUAGAGACUGGACUGAUGUGUAUGGCAAGGGAUCAACCGAAUGGUCGUCACUGCCAGCACGACUAUAAAGUUCGCUAUUUGUGCGAAUGUGACUGCCGCCAGACUUUACGCGGCACCCACGGGAACGUCACAGUUCCUGGCAGAUCCAUUUACACUUACAGGCAGUUGAAAUGCCGAUGGAAAAUCAAAACAUCACCUAAGAGAAUCAUUAUUCUCAAGUUUAAAGAAAUGUGGAAAGCAUCAUCUAAUAAUUACUACGGAGAUUCACAGUUGACAAUAUUCGACGGCCUCAAUAUGUCAUCAAGUUUAGUUUUAGCCAAACUAGACGAUUUUACUUCUGAGCAAUGGAAGACUACUACACUGAUGUCUUCUGGAUCGACGAUGACAGUUAAGUUGAAAACUAGAAGAAGAUUACAACGUCACAUGAGCUUUUUAUACACUGCUGAGAAGUUUCCUGCUAAAUGGAAAUUAUGUGAUUUUAACAAAGACAAGUGCGGCUGGACUGACAAUGAUCGGGUUUGGAUUCACGUCAAAUGUAAAAAGAAGAGUGAUAACGAGAUGCUAACGAAUAUAUCUUGUUCGUCAGGCGGCAUUCUUACAGUGAGAAAGAAGAACGUAACGCGUCGAAAUAGCUACGUCAUUAAGAGUCCAUUAUAUAAAAGUUUAAGCGACACGUGUCUGAGAAUGCGCUACAGGAAUUCCAUGCCAAAUGGUCGCUUUACCGUCUCCAUGUGGACGUUAAAUCACACUUACGUUUACAAAUUUUCUGACCAACGAACAACAAAAUGGGCAAACGCUACAAUUCCAGUGCCAAACGGUCAAAUUUUCCGCGUCGUUCUGCGCGUCACAUUGGGAAAAUCUCUAAAGUGGAAAAUAGGAGAUUUGGCAAUAGACGGUAUUAGGAAAGCGCCCUGUUUUGUCGAUACCAAAUGUACGUUUAACAAGACAAACGUCUGCUCUCAUAUUAGAGUACGAUCUCCUACAAAGCGUCGUGCUGGCUGGGUGCACGAGAAGAGCGACAAUACGACAAUGACAGAAAAUCCAAGUACCCGUCUCUUUUAG